CUGAAUUCUCUCUCAUAUUGCGUGUUUGUGAACGCCAAGUUCUCGAGAUAUCCGAAAUUGAGUGAUCUGCGGCUGCUGUGGCUGUUGUUGCACUUCACUUCCGACAUCCAUCCCCAUUUUCUACCGCAGCCCCGCGCGUUUCCCACGCGGCUGGUACCGCUGUUCCGCCUCCCCCGCUCUUCCCUCGUACUGCGCGACCCUUGAUGCCGAAACUGAAUUUCAAUACCGAUGAAGCUUCGCUUCUGAAAGCAUACAAGAUUUCUACGCUCUACCCCACGAAAUGGGAGGAAGUGGACCACGAGCUGGAGAACUCCAUCGCGGGUGCGUUGGCCAGCAAUGCCAACGGAGAGGGCGAGGGGGACCCGCUGGGUCUGGGGGCUACCGUCAACGUCAGAGAUAUGGACAUGGAGUCCAAGGCGGCAGUUCUGAUCACGUCGAAGUCGUUCGAUCCUAAAGCGUUCCUGUCCGCUAUCCACCCAAACGCAAAGUACCAAGAUCUGGCCAACGGGAUAUCGCAUCUCCAGGCUUCCAUCGACUCGCGCUCCGAAGCGAUCCGGAUUCUGGUGGAAGACAACUUUGAUAGAUUCGUGGCGGUCAAGGCUUCGACAGAUGCUCUCUACUCGGAGAUGAAGGAGGGUCUGCUCGCCCCGCAGACCAACUACGGAUCGGUCCCGCUGCGUGAUCACCUCAAAGCCGCUGCUGUGAAAGCAGAUCAAGUCUUCUUGCCGGGAUUGGAGAAUGCCUCCAAGGCCCAUAAGCUGCGAACGACAUUGAACAUAUUCGAGCGCUCAAAGUCAUUCUUCAAUCUUCCUGGAUUCAUCAUUGAGUCCAUCGAAGCCGGCCGAUAUGAGCUGGCGAUGCGCGAGUAUAAGAAGGGAAAACUGCUUCUAGAGACCCGGCCGGGCCAACUUCUUCCCAUCAAUUCUUCGAAGGAUGGGCAAGUGUCGAUUGCCGACGAACAGCAGCAAAAACGCGUCCUGGAUAAAGUCUGGGGCAGCGUCGAGAAGGCCAUGGGUGAAAUGCGGAACGUGCUGCUCGCUCAGCUCCAGGAUCCUGCACGCAGCGUGGAGGAGCACGAGAAAACGCUAGAGAUCCUCAUGGAGGUACAAAUGGUUGAGGACCCGGCUUGGACCUACUUCGAUGCCCAACACGCGCAUGUCAUCAAGCAAAUGAAUGUCGCGUACAAGUCUUCCGUAGCUGCCGUCGAAGCUACAUUAGAGCAAACAGAGCCGGACGUGGCCGGACAAGACACUUUGACUGGUAUCUUGGUGGCUCAGCUUCAAGUUGCCAUCGCAGCACUAGAUAAUAAACAGUCAGAGGAAGCGGUCGCCAAGUCUGCCGCCGAGCCAGCUUGGAACAGGAUCUCCGAGUUGGUCAAGGUAUUGUCCGAGAUUGUGAUCACAUCUCUGCCCGGCUUCUGGCGGAUAUCCAAAAGCUUCAUAGAAGGCAAAUAUAAGAAGCCCCAGUCGAGCUCGCGCAGAAGCCCGACGCAGUGCCGAACGAUGGCAUUAGACAUCAUCAAGUUAUAUAUAUCCCUGCUCUCACAGUUCUUCACGUUGUCCGACAUGGCGGUAAUGAUGUCCCCCAAUGGAUCGACGAAAUCGCCGACGCUGCCUUCCAACUCCAACUCCCUGUGCACCGCACACUAUCUGACGAAGAUUCUCGGCGAGAUCCAAGAUACUGUAAACGAGAUAAAUGGGAUGGAAAUCGCCAGUGAUUCUGAGUCGGGACUGAAGAGUUUACUUGAGACCGCUAAGUGGAGGUUCGAGGAUCUGCUGAUAUCGGCCUGGCUGCGAGACGCGAAUCUUUUGUAUUACCUCGAGGAGUGGAUCGCCAGCCCUAACGAUCCGUCUGCCACACACUACCUGACCCAGAUGGAACUCUUCCAGCGGCAGGUCACAACUGCAGCCUUCAAACUUGCGGGCGGUGUAGACCUCGCGUCGACUACGCUAUCCAAGCCGGCUCGGCAGCACCCGAUUCCUGGUGCUUUCACGACCAAGAUUACCAAGGCGUUUAUAGACGCGCUGUAUGCUUUUAUGGAUGGCUUGGUCCAUCUUGCGUCUGAAGAGUCGCCUGUCGUGAAAGGCAAGAUCCCGCACACGGAUGCAGCUGGCGGCCCGGGUGGAACGAACCCCCUCGAGCUGUUGGAUCUGAUGGAUGGGGACACUCGCCUGCUGUUAGUCAUCUCUAACCUCGGACAUCUUGGGAAUGCGAUAUUGCCGAGCAUGAUCACGCAGCUGGAAUCCGCAUUCGGGAUCACGAUUGCUGAGGACCGACAGACGUUGAUGAGGGUCGUGCAAGAGCUGGACAGGACACUUUCCGAUGGAUAUACGAAGCCCAAGGUCGAGAAUGUAACUACGAUCAUCAGGAAUGGCAUCCUCGACCCGCAGAUGGACUGGUACGAGACCCCGCAGCCGACUGAAAUACGACCCUACAUGUACGAAGCGUUGAUAUUUCUAGUCAGCGUCCAUGCGCAGGUGUCCGGUAUCUCGGAGGGGCUGCUCACGCGCAUCCUCACGAUGCUCGUCGAAGCAUUGGCUGCGCAGGCCUUCGUUUCGUUCAAAGAGGUUCCGCGGUUCGGGAUGGGGGGAAUGCUGCGGGCCACGCUCGAGAUUGAGUUCAUGCACCAGACGUUGGGGCGUUACGUCAGUCCUGCUGCAGCCAAGCAGCUGGGCGAGCUGUACACCAAUAUCUCCAAGGCUUAUUCGAAGAGACCGGGCGACGAGGGGCUGCAAGGCAGUUUGGACGGCGUGAAGCGCACUUUAUCUGAUACCCGCAGGGCCACUGGGAUCGAGUUUCUGUGCUUCAGAGCGACCAAACCUGCCAAGAAGAAGGAAAAAUGAUCCCUGUAUAGUAUUAUUGUCUGUGUCGAUACCCGAGCUACGUCCAUGUGUGUUCUUGACUCAGAUAUGGACGAGCCAUGAAACGGACGUUGUCUCGUUGCAACUUGGCCUUCGGCUGAGUCCAGGAAUCCACCCAAGCCGUAAAGACGAAAGAUGCGGUUCUAUUUAUCGUAAAUCAGCUCAUCCGUCAGCAUAAGCUCCGGGCUAUGUUGUCAGAUGAUCCUGCAGCCAUCGAACAGGUUGGGUCUUUCGUCCGUUCAGCAUUCUGCUGGAAGCCACUGUGCUCCAGAGAUGGCAUGCUCAUCGUAAGGUAGCUCGAGGCAGCUUUCCACGCAUAUAAAUUUAUCCAAAAAUGGCUC